CAGUUGACAGAAGUCAUAAUAGGAUUGUAGGAACGUAGGAACUUAUUUUUGUGGUAUAAGCAAUUUAUUAAUUGAGGAAUAUUUAUGUAAUUCUUUAGAAAAUGGUUCUUGAAAAAUGUUGAUCUGAGAGUAAUUGAUCACGAUGAAUCUUCACCAAAUUGUAAGUGGUGCCUGUAACGCGGGGGACAAGUGUUUUGCAGUAGGUUCUGUAGAAGGUGUUCCCUUUACAGCCUAUGCUGCAGGAUGUAACAUUGUAAUAUUGGCUUCUACCUUUGAAAGAGUUCAGAUAAUUCCAGGCGCUGUUCAUGACUACAUUCGUAUAAGCUCCAUAGAUUGCUCAUGUGACACAGGAAAAAUUGCCGCAGCUUAUGAAAAUACAGUUUGUAUUUAUGAACCUACACCAUUAAUUCAUAAUAAUUCUCCGCAUAGACCACAUAAAAAACAACGAGGUGUUAAGGGCCUCGAUUACCGAUGGGUUCAAACAGGAACACUAAAAACAGACGCGCCGAUUCGAGCUCUAAGCUGGAAUUUAGAAGGCACACGCUUGCUUACGGCGGGAAGCGACGUUCAGCUGUGGCAUCUAAAACAACAAAUACAGGAAGAAACUCCCGUAACUUUCACUCUCGGAGAAGGUGCAGAAGAUGGCGAAAAUUCUGAAGAACCUGAUAAACCCCAAGAACAAGAACAGACUUUAUGGCAAUGCGUAUGGAAAGCAACCACAGCAGCAGAUGUACAGCACCUAGCUUUCUCUCCGGAUGGAACAUUAUUUGCUACUUGUGGUGAAAAUGAUAGGCUUGUAAAAAUCUGGUACGAAAAUAAACAUUUUCUAUUUACGUCAAAAAGUACAGACGGUCAUCAAGAACUUGACUACGGUUUUGUAUAUAUUGCUCAUCCAAGAGCUGUAACUCAUGUAUCUUGGAGAAACACUAGUAAAUAUAUGCCCAAAGGGUCUGUAUCGAACAUGCUCCUUACUUCCUGUAAAGAUAAUAUAUGUAGGCUCUGGGUAGAGACAGUUCUCCCAGAAGACGGGCUUGUAAAUUUGUCGCAGCUGGAUCCACAAGCCCAUCAUCCUAAAUUUAGGACUCAUAGGCACAAACAUAGGUUUAUGCAGAGGCUAAAACACAUGAAAACAUGUUUCCAUAUAAGAAGAAAUGCGAAACAUCAUGCGCAAGGGAUAAUAGGAUCCUCACAACCAAUCCCUACACUACCUUCAACUUAUAGUGUUCAUGAUUUUCAUUCCUAUGGAUAUCAUGGUACAGGAGUCACACCUGGACUGCAUUUUCAUUUAGCUGCAUCAGUAAAUGCCGAAACUGAUAUACCGUUGGUUCCUAACAUAAGCUUCUGUAACCCGAGACCCGCGUUUGUAUUGCAUUGGUUGGAUAAUAAGGAAAUGCAGUUCAGCUUACAGGCCGAAUUAUUUCUGGAAGAAUUUGCAAGACCGGUUGUGGAUAAUCCUGAAUCUGAAGAAAAUGCAUUGGAACCUUUAAUGGAGGCUGGAGGCGCAGAUGGAGUAGAUGCGAGGAUUGAAAGUUUCUUGAGAGAUUGGCACCACAGUCCAGAUCUACUAUUUAGUAUUCAUCCGGUAGAUGGAAGCUUCUUGAUUUGGGUAGUUGAAUGGCUAGACGAAUUUCAUCCAGGCUCUUUUCGUCAAGCUCAAGUAUCAUUUUCGACACGCAUUCCUUCGGCUUUUCCGAUUGGAGAUUCUAUGAGCAUGUCAACCACAGUCAGCUUGUAUAGCACUACUCCUUUGGUAAAGCAUUUAGUCAAAGAAGCUGUACAUAGAGAAUAUUGCAACAGAAAUCUGAACAGUGUGAAAGAGGAAGAUGAAAAUAAGUCGGAUUUGGAGAAUGCAUGCUUAGCUACUGAUCAAAACGACACAGAACCAGGAGUUUAUCUUGUAACAAAACACGAUAAUGGAACUUUAAAUCUUUGGCAUUUAACAUUUGCUGAUCAGAGCAAAUUUGCGCAAGUUUUAAGCAUUGGACACAGAAGCAGAGCUUCUGGUCAUCGAUUUAGAGUGAAUGAUAUAACAUGCCAUCCUGUAUUACCAUUGUUGUUGACCACUAGCCAUCAUAAUAUUGUGGAUCAAAAAAAUCAAAAAACCAAUGGGUUUUGUAGCGAACUUAUUUUAUGGAAAGUUGAUGCGGUUGGCCCUCUAUCAAAAUCCGGUGGGAUAUGCGAGCUGGCUCGUAUAAGCUCUCCAGAACCAGCAGCAUUUAGUAAUGUUGCUUGGAUUCCAACAUUGCUACCUUCAAGUACACUAGGGAACCUGUCAAACUCUCCAAGUGCUUGCUUUGUUGCUUCGGAUGGACAGUGUCUUCGAGUGUACCAAGCCGUUAUUGAUGCAAGAACCCUUUUGGCUGAUUUGGCCUUUAAGGAAUCUAGACAAAAGCAAGGCGAUCAUGACAUGAGCGAUAUUUCAGAUAUGUCAUCCUACAAUGAAGAUGUUCUUUUGGAAAAUAUUAACAUCGUAUCGCAGCAGAGUACAUCCAGGCCUGGAUGUAUUAUUCAGUUGGAAACUAUUGCUGAGGCGAUUCAAUGGCAGAAUACUACAUUUUUGCACGUAUAUCAAGAACAACUGAUUACAGGUCAAAGAAGCUCAACAAAAGCUGCCAACCAAGACGCCAUGGUUGACCUUCAACAAUCUUCAGUAUUUGAAGAACCCUUCUAUAUUGUUCUUCUGGAUUGCACCGAACAAAAUACAAUUAUUCAUACAUGGAAAUUGACAAUAGCCUCAACCGAUAUCGACCUAUCCUUGACUGCAAGUCAAAUGUAUGUGCCGGACUGCAACUUAGUCCAAGAUGAAAAUGAUCUUUCUAGAAGAAACAGUAUAGAAUCGUUACACCUUAAACAGGCUAAAAAUACGCCACACAUAACCCUGACUAUUCAAAGAGAAAUUAAACAAAUUCUUCCAUUGCCGGACGCCGUGGAGAUUGUGCACGCAACACCAGCCGCAGGACAUCUUAGUUCUGCUUCAAUAUAUCCCGCUUGUCUUGCACCGUACUGUUUCGCAACUGCUUGUAGCGACGGUAUUAUUCGCUUUUGGGCAGUGUCCACUUUACCACAAGAAGUUAAUGAAUUAACUCGCCUAAUGUUAGAAGAAGAUGGUGUUACUGUUAAUACGAACAAAGUCUGGGCCGAGUGGAAUAUGGUUAAAGAAUCCGCAAUUGAAAUUGAAGGGCAGGUUCUUAAUAUAAGCGUUGCAUAUUCUGGAAGGCUGGCCUGCGCCUAUAAAUAUGGGAAAAGUUUUACCCGACCUAACAAAGCUGAUCAGGAUUCAAGAUACAUAAACCUUUGCGUCGCCAUUUAUGAAUGCGAAUCAACUGGUGGCACAGAAUGGAUUUUAGAAGACGUCAUUCAUUUAAAAAAUAUUCAUCUGCCAAGAAUAGAUAUUAAUAAACACCUUGAUUUGAGCUAUUUAUACGACUCUAGAACUCUUAAAAAGAAACAACGUCUCAAUGAAGUAUUGCACACUCUUUCCGAUGAUAGACAAAGCAACAUGUUGUCGACCGAAUCUAUUAAACCUACUUUGCUAGCCGUGCCUAGUUUUACAACCUUACAAUCUUUGAGAAAAUCGAUUUCUGAAAUAGGAAAUAUCUGUCCUUUAACGCAAAAACACAUCGUUCAACUAGACUGGGUUUCUAAUGAAGACGGAUCUCAUAUUCUAACUGUUGCCUGUGGGAGUAAGAUAUUGCUUUAUACGCCUUUGUCUACUGAUCUUGCUCAGGCCAAUGUAAAAGCUAUGAAAGAGUCUAUGAACAAUUUUAGACCGAUUCUUAGGAAAGCAAGCUCCUUAGCUCAGCCGAUGUUUGUUGAUGAUUUCAAAUGGAUGGCCUUAAGAAAAAUUGAACUACAUACUGCGGAUGGUUUGCCAGCUCUUCCCAUGCAAAUUAGUUGGGUUAGAGAUGGAAUUUUAGUUGUCGGUAUGGACUCGGAAAUGCAUGUUUAUACCCAAUGGAAACCCCAGCAGUUCAACCAAAAACAAGAUGGAUUUAGUGAACCUGACAGUAACAGAGAGAUAGAUUUUAGAACUUUAACCCAGGAAAACCAAAGAAAACUUGCUGCUGUAUCCACACUUGGCAGAAUAAGCUCUGUGAAUCUGCAAAUUUUGGAAAGAAAACGAACAAAGGAACAAAAUCUCGACUACAUGCCCGAUUAUGGACUUUUUGAAGCUUCGCGCAUUGCUUGUCCAGUAUUGCCGCAGUACCAUCCGAAACAACUGAUGGAACUUCUUAAUUCUGGAAAAAUCCGUUGGGUUAAAGCCAUUUUGGCUCACCUGGUGAAAUUUAUUGGUGGAAAUCAGGAACUAUCCGAAGAAAUUCAAGGAUGGGCCAGAUCCCGGACCCUCUCCGUAAGCUAUCCCGCAGGAAGUCCAGAACACCGUGCUAGUAUAAGUGAAAUCACCCUGGACUAUGACGAGGCUAGUAACAUACCACCUUUGCCUUUAUGGACCCUACUUGCCGCAGAUAAGGAAUUGCGGGGUGUCCAAGAAGAAAAGAAGGAUUAUAAUGAGUUGUUUGAUAAUGUUAUAAGCGAGGAAUCCCUAGACAACAUUUUGGAUGAAGAUGAAGAUGUUUGCGUAAGAGAGAGGAGACCUUCGGAAAAAAACGUAGGACUCACCCAUUUUACACCUAAACAAGGCAGAAUUUUAUCAAGAUUAUUGACACAUAUGCACCUUCCAGGAUUGUCAAGUUUAGAUCAGAUGCAUUUACUCGCCUUAGCUGAUACUGUUGCAAACUGUGACACAGAUUUGGCAGAGCGGUUUGCCAUAGACGCCGCAAAAUCGGCCAUGGUAAAAGAAAACCUUAUAACUCAAAAUGAAGAAGUCCUUACCGAGAGCCUGGACGACUGUGGUUUAAGAUUUUUACUAGCCAUGAAACAUUACAACUAUUUACUUAGAUGUUUACCAUUAGUGCAGAGGAAUCAAUUUCAAAAACAAGGCGUGGGCAAUAAUAAUCUGGCCUGGGCCUUCCACUCUGAAAGUCAAGAAGAAUUACUUAAUCUUAUACCAAGUUACGCUAAAGGAGAGCCUACUUGGACUCAACUAAGGGAACUUGGUGUAGGUUGGUGGGUUAGGAAUUUAAAUCUGUUGAGGCAGUGUGUUCAGAUUAUGGCUAAAGCAGCCUACCAAGCGGAACAAGAUCCCAUGGAUGCGGCAUUAUAUUAUUUGGCAAUGAGGAAGAAGAACUUGCUGUGGGGAUUGUACAGAUCUAAGCGAGACCAAAGAAUGACUGAUUUUUUCUCCAAUAAUUUCACCGAAGACAGAUGGCGAAAGGCGGCGCUCAAAAAUGCUUAUGCCUUAUUAGGAAAACAAAGAUUCGAACAUGCAGCGGCAUUCUUCCUGCUCGCAGGAAAUCUCAAGGACGCAGUUGAAAUAUGCAUUCAUAAAAUCGAGGAUAUUCAAAUGGCAAUUAUCAUAACCAGACUCUAUGAAGGAGAUGGGGAAAGUCUUAAAAAAUUGCUUUAUAAAGAGAUAUUGGGAUGUGAUGAAAAUGGUGAAAAUGAAGACCUAACUCGGGCUCAUCCAGACCCCUUCUUAAGGUCAAUGGCUUUAUGGGCACUAAAAGAUUACCAAGCCGCCCUCAGUACUCUCCUAAUAGGAAACGCAGGGACUCAACAUCCAUCCCAUGAUGAAGAAAUAAGAGAAACUAAAGAGGCUGACCCAAAUGUCUUUAACUUUUACGUUUAUUUAAGAACACAUCCUUUGUUGGUACGCCAGCAUCUUACUACUAGGGGGCAGCGGAAAGUAUGGAAGGAUGGCAAACAGAUUAUCGCUGAAGAUUAUAUCACGCCAUUGGAAAGACAGCUGUAUUUUGCAACUGCUCAUGGACAUUUUAGAGCCGGAUGUCCGGCUUUAGCUUUGGAAGUUCUUUCUAAACUACCACAUAUUGUACCAGAGAGGCUUCGAACCACACCAUUAUCUGUUACUAAGAGUCAAAAUAGCGAAGCUAUCCAAGAAAUUGCUACAGGUAUAAUAUCAUGGGAUGAAAAAACGCCAUCCCAAAGUGUCACAGAUUUUGAUUGGAGCGCACCAGUUAAUUCUGGAAUUAAAACUGAUGAUUUAGAAUUAAAAUGGAGCGACGAUGAAGGAGGAAGUGAAUCUGAUGAUUCUGGAGGUCUUUCAAUGAAAAUAGGUGGAAACAAAGAAGAGAAACCAGAAACAUUAAUUAAAGAACAAACAUUGGAAGAGGAACGAGAAGAAGAGGCUCAAAACCAAGUAGAUAUUAUGGCUCAACAGCUCAAAUUCAUAGCUUGUCUGAAAAUUCUUAUGGAAGAACUAUCAACCCUUGCUACAGGAUUUGAAGUUGAUGGUGGCCAACUUCGAUAUCAACUAUAUCUUUGGUUAGAAAAAGAAGUGGAAGCUUUACGUGAGCUUUGCAACUAUACUGCUGGGGAUCUCAUUGAAUCAUCUGACUUAGAAGCUUCGCCCGAACCCGAAAACCAGGUUGUGGAAUGUAACCCCAAACCUACUUUACAUGAGAUUUUGGUUCAAGAAAAAUUGGAUUUUGAAGCCAAGGUUCAGAGGGCAGCCAAACGGAAACGUUGGCUUAGAGCUAAUGAAACACUAUUGCGUACUCUUCUUAGCUACUGUUCAUUACACGGUGCAACUGGAGGUCUAGCCUCAGUUCGAAUGGAAUUAAUGUUACUUUUGCAAGAAUUGCAACAAGAAAAAACGCAUCAACAACUACUCAGUCCAUUACCGUUCCCAACCAGUUUGCCCUUAUUGGCAGCUAGCGUCGCUAGUAGCAAAACUGUUAUCGCAGAUCCGAUUCGAUACCUACAGAGUCUUACUCAUGAUAUGUUACAAACGAUGGUGGAACUUCGCAAACCUCAAACAAAUCAAAGUCAGUUACUUGUCUUGAGGGAUCUUGCAAUAGCUCUUUCGGCAUGUAUUUACCAAUCUUUAUGUGAUUCGGACACUUUUAAAGCUUCAGUACAAGACUCGCAGGACAUAGCAUCUACUUUUCUUGUCGGCCGAAAACGCAAAAUAUCAGUAAACGAAAGCCAACAAAUAGUAACCCUUCCCGCAAAAUGGCCCGGCGUCACCAGUCUUAGGGCACUAUUAGCAAGAGAAAAAGACGAAGACACACCAAGACUUACUGUUCUUUUAUGCGAGGCGUUUACUGCUACCUUCUUGGCCCUAUUAUUGUAUGGACUCGUAACUUGUGACUGUGUUAUCCUAUUUCAUGUCACUGCGCAUAAUUUGGAUACAGAUGUGUGGGGAAAAUUAUUUGGAGGUGGAAUCAAGAAACUUCUGCGUACUGCUAGUCUUACAAGCAAUCAAACCGGCAACGCUCUUCAGACUCAGGUCAGUGUGCAAACUCCCAGUGAGGAGUCUAGUGGACCGGCAAACUGGUUAUCGAAACAACGAAUUAAAUUAAAUACUAAAUUAUUGGGACCGCAAUCAAGCAUCAUGAAGGAAGAUAAACCUACUUAUAGGGAGCAAUUUGUACCUCCUCAGAUCAGUAUUUUGGCGUUUUUGGUUCAAAAGCCGGAUACGCAAUACUAUGUAGAUGAAGUAGAAAGUGAAAAUGAGGACGAAGAGGAAGAUGAAGACGUUUUUGAGGGAAAUACCACUACAAUUACCAAGAAUGUAAAUAAUGAACAUUCUGACCCCAAUUCAUACUCUUGGUUAGUCCUUAAAUUGGCUACAUUAAAAAUAGUACAUAACAGGCUAAUCGACUUUCUAGGGGUCGCUGGCUUGGAGACCUCCGAGCUACCGGUAGCAAGUCCUUUAAUUCAUAGUGCUCUCAGAAGCUUAACCAAUUGGCAAGAAAAUUUAAAGCGUGAGCUUGAAUUAAGAGAGGUGCCACCCGAGUAUAUUCCUGGUUGUUUUGUUGAAAGUUCUACCACUGGUCCACCAAUACAAAAAUAUCGGCAACUGCUGGAGCCCCAUAAUACGCCAUUUUCUACUAAGAGUUCUGCAAGUUCAGCACGAAUGUUGUGGAAUUACCUUGUUCAUCAAGAAUCAGUACAAGAAAUAUUUAUUAGAGCUGUUUUUGGUAAUAAACGGAGGUCAACUGUUGCAUUGGAAGAAGUUAUUCCUCAUUCUGAACCUAGUCUGGAACCAGUAAGAAUUAUUCAUAAAGAGCAAGAUUGUAUCUCGGCGUUUUCUUUGAAUCAUCAAAAUAGUGGUAUGAUCGUGGUGGCCACACCACGGGAACUUCAGGAAAUGGACAUAUCACUCCUUUUAGAGCUUCCUUCUUGGUUAGAAGACGAAUGUGAACUAGAUAUCUUAAAUUUGACAAAGGAUUGUCCUGAUAGUACGGUACCACCAUUUUUGGUUAUACAAAGCGUUGGGGAUAAAUCGAAAGAUACUCAGCCUAGUAGUCCGCAACCUGGUAUGGGAAGCCAAAGUGGCAGAGGAGCUAGUGUUGUUCUGAAACACAAAAUGGACGGAGUGCGCCGGAUAACGUCACAUCCACUGCUACCAUUAUAUUUAACUGGUGGUACUGAUGGUUCGGUUCACCUUUGGGAGUGGGGUCAUCAGCAACCCGUCGCUACUCCGAGACCAGCUGGCACAUAUGCUAAAGUAACUCGCUUACGAUUCUCUCAGCAUGGGAAUAAGUUUGGAGUUGCUGAUUCAGACGGCAUACUAAGUUUGUUCCAAGUCGGUUUAAGUGCUAAUGCGACGUGGCCAUUCUUUACACAUAAUUGCCACAAUAAAGGAAUCAGCGAUUUUGUGUUUUUGGGAUCUUGUAGUUUGUUGGCAACAGCCGGCCACAGCUCAGAAAAUAAGAAUGUGUGUAUAUGGGAUUCGAUUAUGCCUCACAAUAAAGCAUUGGUCAUGGCCUUUACCUGUCAUGACCAAGGUUCCAGUAGUUUAGUAUUUGCUCCACAGCAUCAGCUGUUAAUAUCAGCAGGCAAAAAGGGUGACGUUUGUCUCAUAGACGUAAGAUCCAAAGCGAUUAGGCAUAAAUUCGCAGCUCACGAGAGCUCUGUCAAAUGUUUAGCUAUUGACCCUCAUGAAGAUUACUUUGCUACCGGAUCAGCGGAUGGAGAUAUUAAGAUUUGGGGCGUAGCAGUGCCUAACGUGUUGCUUUCUUUGCCAGCAGAACAUGCUCGAGGAAGUUUCUUCAAGAAUAUUGGUCAAGGUGUUACCCAAAUACAGAUUGACUCUCAUUCGAGAUUAUUUUCAUGUGGAGCGGAUGGUAGUAUGAAAGUUAGGCAGUUACCGGAUAGAGAAACCCUAUUAAAUCAUCAUCAUUAGAAAUGGAUAAGAUAGGGAUACCGUUAAAUGCUCUGUAGAUGCAGCCUUCUAUAUAUUCAUCUCUGCAUAGCCUAUUACUAUACUAUUUUGUUAUAAGAAAAUGAAAGUGCGCUUUAACUUUUAAAUAUAACGUUUGUAGUCUUUAUCGUAACUUAAAUAUAUAAACAGUAUUAGGUAAUGAUAGCAGAUAGAAGAUGCACAUUUUUAAUUUAAAGUUUAAUAAUAGAAUAAAUUAAAGUAGAAUUUUUGAAAAAGGUAUUAUGGCAUAUAUAGUUGCUUCCUAAAAAUGUGUUUUUUACAUCAUGUAAUUUAUCAUUAUUAUAGUUUUAAAAGAGUUAGGAUAAGAGCUUUUAAUUAUUUUUGGGAUUUAAAAUUUUUUAAAAAAUAAUAAUAGUAUUCGAGGUGUUAAUAACCUAAGUUUGUUUGAUUCAACGCAUAUUUUAAGCACUAUAGUGAAAAUAUGACAAAACAUGUUUUUUUAAUAUCUGCCCCGACAUGCGCCUUCGCAUCAAUUAUGCACAAUUUGCCACUUUGCUAGCAUUUCCUGAUCCUGUAUAUAUAUAUAUUGUUAAUUUUCAAAUAACACAAUUUUAAAAUGUGCGUCAACAGUAACAUAAUAGUUUAAUAAAAAAUUAUUUUUGUGAUACUUAAUAAUCAACUGUUAUCAAUUUAUUUUAUUUAUUAGUUUGCCAAAGCAAUUAUUGUUAGUGUUUUAGCUUUUAGAGUAUUGCAUUUAUAAAAUGGAAAUAAAAUAAUCUCUGGUUAAAUAUGUCUUUUCGUGUAAUAAUCAUAGUUGUAUCUAGGCUAGAAAUUAACAAAAAUGUAAUGCUUAAAUUAAUUAUUUUUUUGUAGCGAGUGUCCCACUAAGAAUGGCUUUCGACUGUCUCGGAAUAUAAUAGUCUUAUGGCCGGCGAAACAAAAGUAUUAUUAAAGAGGUUGCUGGAAGUUAUUUCCAAAUUCCUAGCGAGGCCACUAUAGACCACAACUUUUAUGAAGGAAAAGAAAAGAGAUGAAGGAAGACAAAUUGCAAACCAUUUCGUUUUAUAUGCUAAACCAAAGUGAUGGAGGAAGGCUAGUCCUAUUUGAGUUCGAUUUGGGUAAUCGAAAUCAAAUGAACUCAUUAACUCAGAAAAUGAAGUCUCAUUAAAAAAAUGUUUGAAUCUGUUCCAUUUGAUUGAUUGAUUUUUGGUAUGAUGGACGCGUCAGGAACGAAACUAUUUGGCGCCAUUAAUUUAAUUUAUUGACAUAUUUUUCUCAUAUCGUGUAAGGAUAAAUUGUUUGUAUUAUUCUCUUUUUUUAAAUAUUUUAUCAUAUAUAUUUGGUAGUUCACAAACUGAAUGAUGUUUGUAUCUUUUUCUAAAAUUGGUUUUAUGUUUACGCUAUGAUUGCCAGAGGUUACAUUUCAGUCUAUUAUUCUAUUAUUCUUUAAGUAAUUACAUUCUGAUAGAAAAUGUUUAACUGUUAGAAUUACAUUACAAAAAUUACAUCUGGGCGGGGGAUCUUUUUUUUUUAAAUGUGAGUGGGUUAAGUAUGUAUGACCUAUAGGAAGCAUUUUCCAAAUGGUAUUUUCUCUUUUAGUAAGGUGUGGGGAGUGAAAUGAAUUUUUAAAAAUUGGUUUUGUUUCAUACAAUUUGUUGCCGUUUCUUACUAAAUCCCAGUUUUUUUUUAUCUGGAUUAUCAAAGAUGUCUGUAAGAUAAUUUUUAAUUUCAGCUUUGCUAUGUAAAUUAUUGACUGGCUUGCCCUUAGUUACGGCGUGUUUCGCAAGACAAUCCACUUUUUCGUUCCCCUUAAUUCCUACAUGGCUGAGGAUCAUUUAUAAAAAUGAAAAAUUUUUGUUUUGUUUUAUUGCAGUAGUAAGAAGAUCUAGAAUUUGAUGAAUAAGGCUAUUGGAUGACUUAUGUUUAAUUGAUUGUAAGGAGCUAUAAUAAAAAAAAUAUCCUGAUUUAUAUUUUGAGCUGCAUAUCUGAUCCCUUCCUUAAUGGCCAGGAGUUAAGCGCAGAAAACAGAUGAAAUUGGGUUCAAUUUAAACAUUAGAAAGAAUUCUUUUAAAUACACCGCUGCUCCUACACCUGCUGAGGUUUUAGAGCCGUCUGUAUAGAUCUGGAACGGUGAUUGGAAAUGUUCGUGUAUUAUAUUAUUAAAUCUAGCUCUAAUUAUUGAUAGGCAGACAUUAUUUUCAUUAAAUAUGUUUCAUGUCAAUUCAGUGUUUAUAUUUAAAAGGGACGAUAACCAAGGAGGAAAGUUGUUUGUUCUUAUUGGUUCGAAAGAAGGAAGAUUUAUAUCGAGUUCUUCAAGCGCAUCUAGAAUUCUAUUGUAUAUACCUUUAGAAUUUCUGUUGUUUUGAAGGGCUUAUGAAGUUGGAAUUAUUUUAUAAUCUAUUAGGAAGGGCCUUUAUCUUAGUCAUAAUGCGUACUUUAAGAGGAAAAAUCGUCUUUCGUCUUUGAAUCGGUGAUGUUCCAAAAGCCUUAGUUGAUAGUCUAGUGCUUAGUUUUGUAUCGGAUAUAAAAAGACGGUCUGGCAGAAUCAUAAAUAAAGUUGCCAUAGUCCAAUUUAGGAAGAAUUAUUGACUUAUAGAUCUACAUUAAAAUGGUAUAUUCUGAGCUCCAGGAGGUAUUAGAUAGGGCACGAAGAAUAUUGAGAUCUUGGGCUGUUCUUCUUUUAAUUAAAAUGUUGUUUCCAAUUCAGUUUAUCAUCAAAAAUCAAGCCUAGGAAUUCAAUAUUUUUAUAGGAAUGUUAAUGUUUUCAAUAUGGAAAUUUUUUAGUUUUGGGCAAUUUCUUCUUUUGUAUUUGUGUAUUAUAGAGUAUUUUUAAGGAGAAAACCUCCGUCCUGUUGUAUUGACCAUUUAUGCAAAUUGUUUAGACAUAUUUGAAUAACCCUUUCACUGGUCCUAGCUACAGCAAACGAGAGGUAAAUCAAAAUAUCAUCUGCAAAAACUCUGUAUGUAAUCUAAAUAAAUUUUGUCAAAGAGUUCAUAAAUAGGGUGAAGAAUGUUGUACUUCAAAGGUAUUUGUAAAGCAAUUCUGAAGAAGUACUCUAGCAAAACGAGGCGUCAAAAAGUUUUCAAUAAAAAAGAUUACCUACAAUAUCUAACUUCUUCAGUUGUAAAAGAAUGUUGUGCUUCCAAGUGUUGUCAUAUGCUUUACUGAUGUCUAGAGAACAAGCCAACAGGUGUUUCCUUUCUGCCAAGGAGGCCUGAAUAUCCAUCUCAAAACCUGCCAGGUGGUCUAUUAUAGAUCUGUUGACGAAAACCGUACUGAUCUUGCAUCAGCACGUCCUUUGCUUCCAAUAACCAGGCAAGACGACUGUUAGCCAUUCUUUCUAGUCUUGUAUAAUAUAUACAGUAGAUAUAGUAUAUAUAGUAUAUAUAUAUAUAUAUAUAUAUAUAUAUAUAUAUAUAUAUAUAUAUAUAUAUAUAUAUAUAUAUAUAUAUAUAUGUAUCUGUAGCUAUCUAUCUCGUUUUUAGCUUUUUCAAGUUUAUGAAUCGGUACUAAAGUAGCACGUCUCCAGCUAUUUGGAAAAGUAUUUUCCUUCCAAAUAAAAUUAAACAAUUUUAGGAUAGCUUCCAGGAAUUUGGUAGAUUAGAAAUCAUAGAAAUUAGAAUUCCAUCUGAUCCAGGUGCCGAAUUUCUAGCUGCCUUUACGGAUUUUCUUAGUACUUCUAUAGAGAAUAGAAGGUUGUAUGGUAAUAAAUUCUGAAUAGAAAAGUCAAUUUGUGUAUUUUCACUUUUUGUUUUAUAUUGUAUCACACUAGUAUUAUAGCAUGUAUCUGAUGAAUGUAAUUUGUAAUAUUUAGCAAAUUCUUGACUUAAGAGAGUUUUAUCUGUAAUCCGUGAACCAUUUAUAAGCAAACCCGGGAUAGACCUAGAAGGGUGCAUUUCAUUUUACUAAUAUUCUGCCAUACCUCAUGAUUGGACAUGGAGGAGUUUAGUGAUGAAGUAAAGUUUUUGAGUAUUUGUCUUCGAGGAAGAUUCUCUUUAUGAAGAAGAGGAGCGAGAUCGACAAUGGAAACUAGAGGAAGACUGCGAAGGUCUCUUUGUUUUCUUGGGAAGAGGAAUUUUUAUUGUUUUGGUGGAUUUUUUUUUUAGUAAUUGGAAAAUGAAGGAGGGGAAAGUGAAGGAGUUUGUGGCGUUGGGAUAUGAGAGGAUGGGGAAAGGGGUGGAUGAUUGGGAGUUUCUUGGGGUAGGGUUUUUAUGAAGAGGAUCCUUGUUAGGGAGUUCCGAUUUUUGGUGACAAUGUUGGAAUACGUUGGAACCUCGGGGUCGUUAAGCCCGUAUCAAAGAGUAUCUCUUUUGGCCGUCUGAGGGAGAAUCUGUUCUAAUUUCUUGCUAAAUCUUCCGAGUUCCAUUAAAAAAAAAUUAUCUUAAAUUUUCGCAUUUAUUUAGCGGUAAAAUCGCAAAUUUUAAGCAAUCCUUACAAACCGAGACUCUUGAGAUGCGUGCGCUUUAAGUGGAAGAAUUUUUAGCAUCUUCACGAAUAGAUUAAUACAAGAUAGAUUAAAAAAUUUAUAAUUGUAGGAAUGCUGGAAAAAUAAUGGAAUAUAUAAUUGUUAAUUUGAAAACUGUUAGAUAUGAAAAAAUAUUGGGAAAAAAAGAUUCAUAAAAUAAUUGCCAUAUUAUGACAACAUAUAAAGGGUAUUCCGCUUGAAAUGUCAACGUUUGGCAUCGUUAAGAAUAUUGUAGAUCAUUAGACACUAUAAAAUACUUAAGUUGCCAUCUUACCUGAGAAAUAUUUUGUAAAAAUGCCAUCUUCUUAUUCGCCAUAGAAAUUGCUCCCUUAAGCGGCCAUUCAAGGAUCUUGAAAAUAUUUUCAAGUUCCUUAUGACUAUUAAUUUCUGAGAUUUAGCCAAAAGCGACUCUUAGUGAGAUGGACAGCCGAUACAUUAGUCAGUGCAGCAUUUAUAUUAUUUAAAUUUAAAAACUGUUGGUAAAGUUAAAAGCAUAAAACAGAUUGUUAAAAUAUUUAAGGGUUUUUAAUGGUUUACCUACGGGAAAUAAAUCAUUAUUUUAUCUUAGUCACCUGAUGUAUAAUGUAAACAUUUAUUUUGUGUUUUCCUUUAUAAUUUAUUAUAAGUAAUUGUGAUGAUCUUAGCAUUAAAAUUAAUAGACCACAAAAGUGAAUUUUAUGUAAAACUAUUUUAAAACGAUACAUAUUGGAAAUAUUAGCAUUGAUUUUGUCUAUUUUACACUGAAAAAAUUAUGAAAUAAUUAUACGUUCUAUUGAUAUCAUUUACUAGAAAAAUUAUUGUUUAUAUUUUAUUGCAACCAAUGUUAGUUCAUACUUAGACAUUUCUCCAACAGUGGCUUAGUACAAUUGGCACGCCACUUAAAAAUAGUAUUAAAAAAGGUAAGGUCUUUAAAUGUUUAUUGUUUUUUUAGUUUGUGAUUGUUCGCUUUAUUAUAUGUUUUAUUUGACAAUAUUGGGAAAUUGUCUUUAUUUUUGCUAUUAUUGGUAUAAUUUCAUUUUUUUAGUUAAUAAUAUCCUUUAUGAGAUGUGCAAACUGUAAAGAUAAGACAAUUUUUUUGUUGUAUUUCUGUGACAUUGUAUUUAUGUCUCCUAUAUAUCCAAUUAAAUCUAUCAUAUGUUAA